AAUGCAGCAGAGAAGCCGCCUCUCUUCAUGCCCAGCUGGAUCGCCAUGUAUGCAUUAAACAUAUUCGUGGUGUGUUGGGUUUUUGUGGUUGGUUUCGGGUUCGGAGGAUGGGCUAGCGUGACCAACUUUGUGAAACAAGUUGACACAUUUGGCCUCUUUGCCAAGUGCUACCAAUGCAAACCUCCAACACCAACACAUCUGCCUGCAACUCCUCCAGGUCAUUGA